AUGGAUUCUUUGUCAUUUAAUAUAAAAGUACCCUUAAUUGAAAAGGCGGCAUCCAAUGUUAAAGAGAUAAUAUCUCACAUAAAAUUAAACGAUGGAAUAUAUUUUGAUAAAAGUAAAUUUGAUAUUAAUGAAAUUAUAAAAAAUCUCGAAAACAACAAUGUUUAUAAGAAAAUUGAAGCUAUGAAACAUAUAUUAAUUGCACAUAUUUUAAAAAAAAAUGUAUCUAGUCUGUUCUUUGAUGUUUUAAAAAAUAUAUCUAUCGAUAAUUUAACUUUAAAAAAAUUAAUUUAUAAUUAUUUAAUACUAUAUGCAGAAGGAAAUAAUGAUUUAACUAUGUUAUCCGUUAAUUCAUUUAAAAAGGAUCUAAAUAAUAAUGAUUAUCAAAUAAGAUCAUCAGCUUUAAAAGCAAUGUCAUGUAUUAAAUCAAUAGAUAUGAUUAAUAUUUUGAUGGAAUCGUUAAAAAAAUUGUCAAAAGAUAAAUCACCUUAUGUUAGAAAAACUUGUGCUGACGUGAUUCCAUCCAUAUAUAAUAUUGAUAAAGAUCAAUUUAUUUUUUUAAGAAAAAUUUUAAUUGAUUUAAUAAAUGAUAGAGAAGUAUCAGUUGUAUCAUCAGCUAUUAUGUCAUUUAACUGCAUUUGUAUAUACGACUACUCUGAAGAAAACGAAGAAGAUAUUUGUAAUGAAGAAACAAAUGAACAUUAUUACAAAGAAGAUGAAAAUUAUCCAACUAAUGAAAAUCAUCAAAAAAAUAAAAAUUAUACCGAUAAAAUUGAUAAUGAAAGUUCACAUGAGUCUAACAAGAAUUUACACGAACAAAUACCAAAUAAUAACUAUAAUAACUUAUGCACUAAUAAAAUAGAAAGUAUUCAUAUUGAUUCUCAAAAAAAAAAUGAAAAUAAAAAUACAUAUUCUAAUAUAAAACGCCGUGAUUUUAACAAUAAUUUAAAUAUAUUUAAUUCUUUAUCUUUCUUACACCCGUGUUAUUAUAAAUUGUGUCAAUAUUUAUUAUAUAUGCAUCCGUUUCAUCAAACAUAUUUGAUUGACUUAUUACUUAGAUAUUGUAGAACAUUUUACAAAGAUCCAUUAAAAAAUGAUAAGUUGAAAUUAAAAAAAAAUAACUUAUUCAAUGAAAAUUCUUUUUGUACUGAAAAUGAUAUUAAAAAAAAAAAAAAAAAAUACCAAGAUUCUGAUAGCGAAAUAAGAAGUAAUGAUCCAUCUUACUUAAAUAACAAUGACACAUACGAAGAAUUUAAAAAAUAUGAUAUAGAUAUUGAAAUAUUUAUAGAUAAAUUGUUAAUUUUGCUAACAUCUAGUAGUUAUAGUGUAAUAAUCAUGUCUAUUUCUUCUCUUUAUCAUUUAACAAAACUUACGUAUAAAGAUAACAUUAUUCAAGCAAUUAUAAAUUCCUUAUUGAGAAGUAGUAUGGAGAAAAACGAUGAAAUUUAUGAAAUUUUUUUGAGAAGCGUGAAACCUAUAAUAGUUGCUUUAAAAAAAGAAUUUUCUUUUUAUUUAUCUUUUUUUUAUAUUAACUGUAUAGACAGUGGGAUCAAGAAAUCUUUAAAAAUUGAUAUUUUAACUGCUUUAAAAAGUUCAGAUAACAAGAUGGUCAUAUUAGAUGAAUUUCUCCAUGCCUUAUAUUUACCCAAUAAUAGUGAAAACAUAAUUAAAAAAUUGUUUUCUCAUAUUACUGCUAUAGCAUUAACAAACGCAGAUUGUCUAUCAAAAGUAAUGAAAUAUAUAAUGAUCAUGUUGAAUUCAAAUAUUAAACUUUAUUCAGAUGAGUCAAUUUUAGCUUUAAGACAGCUGUUACAACAAAGUGAUGAUAACCAAAUCGGCAAAAUUGUAUUUUUCUUAAGUAAAAUCUUACUAAAAAUUCAAUCAAAUCAAGUAAAAAUAUCAGUAAUAUGGACUUUAGCAAAUUAUCAAAGAUUUUUAGAUUAUUUAUUGUUAUUUGAUAUUUCUAGGUUAUUAGUUAAAUCAUUUGAAAAUUCUAGUGAUGUCAUAAAAAUACAAAUCAUUCAUUUUGUUUUUAAAAUAUGGUUGUAUCAGUAUGCAAGAUUUUUUUUAUCAAUGGAUAUAGAUUCAUUUAUGUUAGAUGAAAAAAUAUCCAAAAAAAAAUGUGAGAUAAAAAAUAAUAAUUUUAUCCAAUCAAAUUACCCAGAUAAUAGAGAUCUAGAAAAGAAGGUUAAUCCACCUUAUUUAUGUGACAAAGAACAAAUAACCUUUGAUGAAAAGAAUGAAGCAUAUAAUGAUUACGAAAGUAAUAUCAAUGAAAAUAAUGAAAGCAAUAAAAGUGAAAGCAACAGUGAUUUAAAUGAUAUGAAUAAAAAUCAAAAAACGUUUAGUGAUAAUUUAUCUAAAUCAAAAUUCAAAGAAGAUUUUAUGAACUUUGAAAUAUUAUGUAAAAAGGCCUUUUUAUUAGGAAUAAAAGAUGAAAAUUUCGAUAUUCAAGAUACAAGUAAAUUUUACAUUAACAUUAUGUUAAUAAUAAAAGAGCAGUAUUUACAAAAAAAGCUUAAACCAAAUAUUUUUGAAAGAGAUUUUUUUAAUGAAAAAAUAGACAAAUAUUCCUUGUCAUUAUGUUAUUUAAAAUUUACUUUUCUUUAUUCUGGUAAAUUAAUCGUUUCUAAUUCUUUAAAUAUAAAUUUGAAGAAUCAUCCACUAAAAAAUGGGAUUUUUUUGCAACCUGACUGUGAGGAGCGUUUAGACAAUUUCAACAAAAACGAAGCUCAAAUUGUAUAUCAGUUAAAUACAGUAUCAAAUAUUUUAAAUAAAAAAAUUUCAUCAUAUGUUGAUUUACCAGAAUUUGCAGAAAAUGAUUUACCAAAAACUGAGCAUUUUAACAAUAAUGAAAAAAAAAAGUAUAUAACUAGUUUUUCCUCAAAGGACAUAAAGUUCAACAAUAAUUUUGACAAUCCAAUUAGUCUUCAAACAUUUUCAAAUAUUGACGAUUUUUACAAAGAAGAAAAUUUAAAUGUGGAAAAACAGAAAGAAAGCACAAAAUUAACUUCAAAAACAUUACUAAUCAACAAAGGAACAAAAAUUCAAGGAGAAGAUGAAGAAUCUGAUGAAGAAAAUGAAAAUUGUCAUGAAAAAUUUGAAAAUUAUAAUUUAAAUAUAAAAAGUGAUAAAACGACUGUAAAGGAAAUUGAAGACAUUGAACAAUUUUUUUUCAAUGAUUAA